CUUCGUUUUUGUUAUUUCUCUCCUCUAUUUAAGUUUGUUGGAGCUGAGUUGAGCCAGGAGGCGGGCUGCACCCCGGACACAUCGCCUGUCAAUCACAGCUCGGAUGUACAACCAAUCAAUGCGUCUAGUGGGAGGUGCAACAAGCCAGCGGUCAUAAAAACGUGCGCUGAUAAAUAUUCAGUACUGUCAUCGACAACUGCCAGUAUGAAGGUGAUGAUACAGAUGCUGAUCAUGACUGCUCUCAUGUGGACUACACGCUGCGAGGAGCUGCUGUAUGUCAAGGAGGGAGACACAGUCACCCUGAGGCCGGAAGAGGUCGAGGCCAGCUCCAAGUACUUGUACUGGUCCCACAGUAAAUUGUCCAAAGGCCGCCUGGCCUGGAUGAACCCCUUAAUUGGCUGGUCAUUCACGAAAGAUGAGCGUUGGGCCCACAGGUUGUCCGUAUCCAAAAACGCGCUCAGCAUCACCGGAGUCCAAGAGCAAGACUUUGGCACUGUGGUCUUUUCAAGAUAUAUUCAACAAAAUGGUGGCGUCACUCCACUGAAAAGCUUUAGACUCGCCAAAAUCACAGUAUCUGUCAAGUCGGCAUAUUCUGCUGUGCUGCCCAAAGAAACCGUGACACUCUCCUGCCACGUGGAGACCCCUCCGAUUUACCAGAGCCCUGACAUAUACUGGCUGAGUCCGGCAGGAGAGAGGACUCGUCAGACCGGAGGAGGGCUCUACAUUCACGUCUCGAAACGAGACACUGGCUGGUGGAGCUGCAUUGUUGUGAAGGACGGCGGGGAGGACAGGGCUUCACUUUUCCUUUCGGUUCUUGACCUCUCUCCAGAUCCCAAGUAUCCUCUGUACACCUCAGAACAUUCACCUCUCAGCAUCCCCUGUCCGUUUACCCCUAAUGUCUCCUGGGAACAACUCAAAUCCAGGGGGGUCAAGAGAGUCCACUGGCACUACUUAUCAAAGUUGUUCUCCCGUGAGCUGCUCAUAAAUGCUGAGAACAUCUUGUCCUUCUCCACAAACGAUGAGAAAUCAGGCUGGAAAUCAAACUCAAGCAGGGGAAUCAAUUUUAUUGCACAGCUCCAAAAUGACCAGGUCACUUUGAGCAAAAAUCAAUGGCAAGCAGAAGACAGAGGAAUCUACAUGUGUGACUUCAAAUUUAGGAACGGCUUCUUUCUGCGCAGGGCUGUGAGAGUUGAGGUGCUCCAGGUUGUUUCCUCAGCGGGAUCGGAGCUUAGCUGCGGCCAAAGCGUCAUUCUGACCUGCAGCCUGGGCCACCCCUUCCCCAAAGACCAUUGGGUGAAGUGGUUUGCGCCUGAGUCGUCUCCUGCCCAAGCUCUGCCCAGCUCUGGGCUUCGGAACUCCACCCAAAUCAACAUUUCAGAAGUGGGCAUGGAUGACGGCGGCAGGUGGAGGUGCGAGCUGUGGCGGAAUGACACAAGGCUGACGUCCGCUGACAUCACCUUGACCGUCAGCCAGUGUUCGAGUACCUGGAUGCUUGUGACCAUCUGCGGCAGUGCGGGGUCCAUCACUGUCUUAAUCUGCCUUAUUUACAUCACUUGGAAACGCCGACAGCGGAACACAAGAGGCCACCGACAUCGCGUCUGCCGCUGCAAACAGCCGAAGCCCAAAGGAGUCUACAGAAUAUAAUGCGUCCUGCAACGUUUCAAAAUAACGACGGCGCUUUAAAGCAAGAAAUUGCAAGUCAUGCAUCGCAGCGACACUAACAGAUGAUGUCA